AUGGGAGGGGAAACUGUUGUAGGCACGAGGUUGCAUUGGCACAGUCACUCGCAAAGCGACCGCAUCAACGUCGACAAGGUGCUGGACCAAGUGCGUGCCUUUUGCACUCGAGCAGUCACGUACUCGGAUGGCGGAAUUCUUAUUGCGGUGGGGCUACCCGAAGCCGGCAUUAUCACAGCCGCUCCUGGAGAGGCACCCUCGUCAAGCGCCUUUAUUGACUCUGUGCGCGAGUUUAUGAGUAAACUGAAUAGCGAGGUGGCGGCAGGGACCCUCGCCGGUAAGGUGGAAAUUAUCCCGAUGCUUCAUUGGGGCAAAUUCGUGCCGGCCCUGAACGCGUUGAUUGGAACGGCCGCUGAUCACUUCCCUGCGGCCGACACUCUAAUUCUACAGUCACUGGAGAUCGACGUGGAUGCAACCAGUGUAGCCUCCCUGCGCUCACACUUCGAUGUCACGCAGGACCUUGUGGUUGGCGCGGUACUGCCUGGCCAUGAUUUUCGGCCCGAUCCUUCGAGCCAACCAGUCGAGUUGAGCGGUUUGACAUCGCCGUGGAACACGCUUGCACUCUGGAAUCUGGAGCAACUUACAAAGGUGGGGUUUGCCCUCAUGGGAGAUGCGUUGCGUCUCGAAGCUGACGGGAUUGGCUCGGCUGCUGGCAUCGAAGAAGUCGCCACCAUCGCCAUGUACCAACAACUCUACGCCAGCGGUUCGUCACCUACAACAGCAAAACUGGUGCGCGUACCUAGCAUCGCGUGGCAAGUGAAUGGACUGCAAGACCCCAAGCGUCUGGAGUGGCACAAGAAAAAAAUGGAGAGCAAGCAACAGCGCGCAGCCGCGCAGCUUGCUCACUUCGGUGGCGUGGCUUCCGGCUGCGUUUAUCACUUGGAGGCAUGA